UCACGAUGUCAACGUGCAAACCAGGAAGUCGGAAUGGCAAGAGUGGUGUGUUGGCAUUCUGGAGAAAUUUCGAUCAAAGUACAAUAACAACAGUCAAUUCAGACAGAGCUCGAAUAAGCGACAUAUUCUCUCGGUGAGUAGGAGGACUUCGGGCCGAGGACGGAGAAUGGGGAAGAAUGACGCCUGUGGGCCCAGAUUACCCGUGGAUCAGUACCGGAAACAGAUUGGUAAGCAGGACUACAAAAAGACAAAGUCAUCCCUAAAGGCCACACGGCUGAAAGCUGAGGCCAAGAAGAAUUCCUCUGGAUUCAAGGAUGCAUUGCUGGUCAUCGCUGCAAUCCUGUUCUUUGUCCUCUGCGUCUACGCCUUCUUCUACCUCAACCUGAGCAACGAGAUCAACAUGGAUCUAGACAUGGAUUGAAGUGAGAGAUGGAAGGGAGGACGGAACGCAGUCUGUCAUCUUUUGGUGACUCAAGGACAACAAACUGCGUGUUCACGACAAAUGGCAUCCGUUGAAGAUCUACCCUGCCCGUAUUUUCUGCCUGGGAGCGCGCACACUAAGCGACUAUUCUACUCACACUUAUUCUACCGUUUUACAUGUGAGUUCCUUGAAUUUUUUUUUUUCUUCCUGAACCCAGAUCUGAAAGAGUAGUUUUGCUUGUCUUUUUUUUUUCCCCCUGAAAGGUCAGCGACCUCGUGCUCUGAGGCGCUCGUACCUCCGCUUAAUGGUAUUCUGCGCAGUCACGUCUCUCUGUUUUCUCCUCCAUUAGAAAAAUGUAAAUCUCCUGCUGAAGCUCUCGUCACAUUCAGACAAACACAUUCCAGUGCACAAACCUGCAGCGCCGGAUAUCCGGAGAUCACAGAGUGUGAGAUUAGAAUCCACAAAGCCCCUCGCCCUGAUUGAAAGUGUGUGCAGAAUACGGAACAACACUUUCCACCUGCCGCACCCACCGGCAGCAGAGAGACACGCGCGUCCACAGGAUUAGCAUUACAAAUAUCAUCCUGUUCUUUCAUUUGAAUGGGAAAUCGCAGAGAUGGAUGACGACGGCAGAGAGCCGAGCCGCUGUGUUUCUCACAAGGAACACCUUGAUUAUUUUUUCCGUCUUGUCGAAGCGUCGGGUGUGAUGAGUCUCUGUGGGAAUAUGAAGGUUUUGUGAAAUCCUCCUCAUCUGUACUCUUUUUGCACCAGUGCAACAACGGGCCUUCCAUUUUUUACCACUUUUACCUUCUAUUUUAUUCCUAUCACUAUCAAUAGCGAUACUGUCCUCCGAAAGGCAGCUGAUGCUUUGUUUUGCAUACGGCUCUUUUUAUAUUAGUGUAACUGAAAACACAAGGGGCCGUGCUUUUUUACUUUUUUUAUUUUUCACAGGCUCAGACACCAGACUUGUUUUUAAAGGAGACCGACUGUGGUCUCGGGCUCGGAUGAAAUGUGAGACUGAUUUCGAGCUUUUCUCCCAUGACCUCACGACCUCUAGUGAAAGACAACGUGUCCAAGUUACCAUUAAGAUAAGCAUGCACUUGUACUCUCAAGCAAAGGCUUUGUUUCUGGCCUCGGCCGGUCCAGACCCCUCCUCUCCACCGCUGUGGGGCACUCGCAUGUGUAACAAUAGACAGGCAAACCUGAGAAACCUUCAGAGGUGACACCGGUUAUCUAAAAGGUUACCAAUGACAUCAGCACAAAGGAAAGGAGCUCUUAAUUCCUGCCCACGUUUUCUAAGGUCACAAAAGUAUCGCUAUUGGAUUGUUUUCUCAUGGUAUAAAAGUAUUUUCACUGUUUGCUUUCGUCAUACAGAUUCGGUUACAGGAUAUUUUGUAGUAUAUUAUGAUUUUUGUUGCUGGUUUUCUUCUUUGUCUAAUUGUUCAAAAUCAUGUACAUCUUUGUAAGGGAUUAUAAAGAAUGCCGAAUUGAAAUUAAGAUUAAAAGAGUUUUGGUUUGAGGGUAAUUAUUUGCACCUAAUUAUUUAAAUGAAUCCCCUAAAAGAGGUUUCAUGAGCAGAAUCAGACGACAGGUUCCCUUUUUUCGUUAAGACCCUGUUAUUUUGCCAUGUUUUUAGUGUCAUUGCAAAUAUUUGUGUAAUUUAUAGCAUCUGGAUGGUCAGUAGAUAGUUAAUAUAACACCCUGUCAUCAUCGUAACUACCAGUAAUGUUUUAUACUUCUUUAUCCACAAACGUCUAUAUUUAGCAGUC